GCAGACAGAAUUCCCUUCAGUGCCACACUUGCAGCCACUAUCUGAUGAUGGCGAUGCUGGGAGUUUUCAUCUCUGUUGCCCUCAUCCUGGGGACAGCAAAUGCAGCUUCUCUGGGAUCUGUGUACACAGAGGGAGGGAUGGUACAGGGAAAGAGUCGUAGUGUUGGACUCUUCCGCUAUGUGGACGUGUUCAAGGGAAUUCCUUUCGCUGCUCAACCUGGCAGAUUGGCGAAGCCGGUUCCUCACCCAGGCUGGGAUGGUGUCCUGAAAGCCACUGAGUAUGCAAAUAGGUGUAUGCAGCUCAAUAUUCUCGGUAAAGAAGUCUUGGGCAGUGAGGACUGUCUCUACCUGAACAUCUGGGUCCCUCACGGACGUUCUGUGUCUACCAAUUUGCCUGUUAUGGUGUUCAUCUAUGGUGGUGGCUUCCUGAUGGGUGGUGGGAUGGGUGCAAACUUCUUGAACAACUACCUUUAUGAUGGACAGGAGAUUGCAGACAGAGGAAAUGUCAUCGUGGUGACGUUCAACUACCGUGUCGGAGCCCUCGGAUUCCUCAGCAGCGGAGAUGCUGACGCACCUGGAAACUAUGGCCUGUGGGAUCAGCACGCCGCUAUCGCUUGGGUACACAGGAACAUCAGAGCUUUCGGUGGUAAUCCAGACAACAUCACUCUCUUUGGCGAGUCAGCAGGUGGAGCCAGCGUAAACUUCCAGAUUCUUUCCCCUAAAAACAAGGGCCUGGUCCGCAGAGCUAUCUCACAGAGUGGUGUUGCUCUUUGUCCCUGGGCCGUCAACAGAAAUCCACGACAAUCUGCUGAGAAGAUCGCAAAGAAGGUAGGAUGUCCCACUGAUAGCAAGAUGGUGGCUUGUCUGAAGAUGACAGAUCCAAAGCUUGUUACUCUUGCUGGGAAUGUGGAACUAAGUACAUCUGCUAGUGAUCCAAUUGUGCACAAACUGGAUCUGUCCCCCGUCAUCGAUGGUGACUUCAUCCCCGGCGAGCCUGAAACCCUUUUCCAAAAUGCUGCUGACAUUGACUACAUCGCUGGAGUCAAUGACAUGGACGGCCACCUCUUUGCUACCGUUGACAUCCCCUCUAUCAACAAUGCUCUGGUGUCCACCCCUGUGGAAGAUGUCAGGGCUCUCUCGAUUUCACUGUCUGAAGCUAGAGGACAAGACGCUGGUGUCGCAACUUAUCAGGAGUACACGGUCAAUUGGGGUAGUAGCCCUAGUGAUAAGGAUAUUAAGAAAACAAUUGUGGACAUUGAGACGGACUACAUCUUCCUGGUGCCAACCCAAGCGGCCCUGUACCUCCACACUGACCAUGCCAAAUCUGCACGAACCUACUCCUACCUGUUCACAGAGCCCUCUCGCAUGCCUAUCUUCCCACUCUGGAUGGGUGCCGAUCACGCUGAAGACCUGCAGUUUGUGUUUGGGAAGCCGUUCGAGACUCCUUUGGGCUACUUUCCUCGCCAUCGUGACGUCUCCAAAUACAUGAUUGCCUACUGGACCAAUUUUGCUCAAACUGGUGACCCUAACAAAGGUGAGUCCAGUGUUCCUGUAGCCUGGCCCGAGUUCGCCGGCACUGGCCAUAAGUACCUAGACAUCCACAACAGUAUGAACAAGAACAGUGUGAAGCAGAUGUUGAGAACGCGCAUGGUUUACUACUGGACUACCGUCUUUGCCAGCUACCCGUCUGUCCAGAAGAGCUGAGCACUGCUAACCUGACUACAGAAUCAUUUAGCAGUUAAUAUCAUGCUAAGAUUCAUGCAAUAAACAAAAUAUAUGAUGAUCAAAA